AUGGUCGACCCGCAGGAAUCCCUUUGGGUGAUUGUGCAGCCUGGCAAUCGUAGCGAAACAGCGCCGAGAGUCUGGUCAUGCGGUGUACAUUACACCGUCUUGGGGUACUUUCGGCUUAGCAACUCUGAUAUCACCCCUCAAUAUUCCAAGCACGGCACCGAUAAAAUCAAACAGCCAUACCAGACAGAUGCUAGCAGAUCUAUCUACGUAUCGUAUCGUACCGAAUCUAUCCAUGCGGCUUUUUAUCUCCAUCUUGAUAGACGGCAGAUCAGUUUCAGCUCGAGCCAUCUACGCCUGGUCGAAACUUCUGGGCGAGGUAUCCAAGUCUCCCCCGGCCAAGCCUCCGACAAUGCUUCACGUUCCACGGAUCUGGGUCUUGAGCCGGGUGGCAUGCACAAAUUCACUAAAGAAAAUAGACACGUAGAUCGACAAGAGAUGUUGUACCACCAGCAUCCGCUCUUCGUAGCGCUGAGUUCUGCUCCGUAUUCUACCAAGGUAAAAGUAUAUGGAGCAUCCAAAGUGCUCAUCCAGACAGAAGAGUACGCCAAGUACGGAGUGUCUACCAAGAUAUGUAAUGUUCGCCGCGCCCCUCCACAAUCAGACGCGGUCACAAAGCUUCGCGGGAGCUUGGAUAUUGGCAGCAGUUCCCCCACAAGUCCGCCCCUAGUUGACAAGCUUUCGAAACCGUAG